AUGGCCGCGCCCGCCCGCCGACCCCAUGCCAGAGUGCAUCGGGCCUGCCGACCACUUCGAACAGCUGCGACACCUCGCGCCCUGGGAAAACAUGCCCGGCCGAGUUUCUCCACGAAGUCAGUGCCGCGCGCCGCUUUCGGUAGGGCCUUGCCGCCUGCUGUCGUUCGCCGGGCCGCGCCUUCGUGCGGCCGGCAAGUUCCGUUGCUGGGCCGACCGCCCGCGGCGGCCGGCGGGAGGCCGGGGGCUUCUGUUAUUUCGCCCCCCGCCCCGCCACCUUUGUUGCCAAAAGCGGGCGCGAGGCAAAGGCGUAGGCCGGGCGGCUUGGCAUUUUUCUGGCAGGGCUGGCGGGCCUGCCCGGUGCCCGUACGCCUAUGGCCCGCGCCCCGCGCUUGGUGGCUAGCUGCAGUGUUGGUUGCAGGCAGGCUUCGUCGCCUGUGUGGUCAAUCAUACAUACAUUGCCAAGCAGGCCGGCGCGCGAGAACAAGUAAGAAGUGGGCUGGAUCCUUCGAUCAUGCGCCGCGCCGCCAGCUGCGGGCAGCUGGCGCAGCGAGGUCGUCCGGACGGGGUGCACCUGCCUCAAGUGAUUUUGAGAAAUUCAAGCCGUCUGGCCCCUGGCGAGAUGAGAAUC